UAUGUCCAGUAGCCAAUAAUAUUUUAUCUCACACAAAGCUUUGCCACGAAAUACAAUUAUUAGCUGUUUUCCAAAUAUACACAAUUAUUUUUUUUUGGAAAGCGGAAUUAUAUUAGUGGUAAAACGCGAAAAACCAUGAACUAGCACACAACUGCUACUCUAGCGACAUAUUACUGAAGUGACAGGUUGUGUGAUAUUGCCGGGGGAACUUUUUAAAAGACUCAAUGACACUAUAACCACUUAAGGAGGCGGAUAUUUGUAGGUUUUUUUUUUUUUGUGGUGCUAUUGACAGUUGCCUCGAACGAACAGAGUUAGCUUAAACAGUAAAGCUAGCCUCUUACCUGAAACAACUGCUGUCAUUUGAGAGACGACACCGGGAGAAAAACAAGCGCUUUGCCUUUAUUAUCCAUUCGACGGAUCGUCGGCAAUACAAUCAUUGGCGUUUAAAAAGCAGAAACAAAACCAAAAAGAAGCCUGUAUCCGAGUUUUACAACGUCGCUGUGUUGGGACGAGAAGCAGGUUGUGUACAACCGGAUUGUGUUGAAAAAUAUCAGCGGUUAUUACUCUAAACAUGACGGCUAUCGGAAUGGUGCAGAUGCUGAUCGAAGCAGCCGAAUAUCUUGACCGAAGGGAACGAGAAGCUGAACAUGGCUAUGCCUCCAUGCCUCCCUUCAUUAGCAGUCGAGAGAGAGAGAGCUUGAAAAGGAAGAACAAAAGCAAGAAAAACAUAAGUAGCAGGUCUACACACAAUGAAAUGGAAAAGAACAGACGGGCGCAUCUACGACUUUGUUUAGAGCGACUCAAAUCUCUGGUUCCUUUGGGUCCGGACGCCAACAGACACACCACCUUGAGCCUGCUGAUGAAGGCCAAAGAUCACAUCAAGAGGUUGGAAGAGAGUGACAGAAGAGCUCAGCACACCUUGGAGCAGCUUCAGAGGGAGCAGAGACAUCUCAGGAGGCGUCUGGAGCAGCUCGGGGUGGAGAGAACCCGCAUGGACAGCACCGGGUCCACCGUGUCCUCUGACAAAUCUGACUCUGAUCAAGAGGACCUGGACGUGGACGUGGAAGGAACAGACUACCUGCUGGGUGAUCUGGAGUGGAGCACCAGCAGCGUGAGUGACUCAGGGGACGAGCGGGGCAGCCUGCGAAGCAGCUGCAGCGACGAGGGCUACGCCAGCGCCAGCCUGCAGCGUCUGCAGGACACUCAGGAGAGAGCCAAGCAGCUGGGCUGCAGCCUGUAAAAAGUCACACGGUCACCGGCCUAUCAGAAUGUGUCGUCAUGUCCUGGUCAUACACCCACCUCACCCCCCCCCCCCCCCCCCCCCCACACACUCUCACCCUACCAGGAAUAACCAAAUCUGAGUCUUCUCAUCCAGCAAAGCAUUUUGACUCUCAUCUAGACCGAGCAUCUUUGCCCACAAUCGGUACGUCAUCAGCUGACCAUCUUUUAGGGGGUUAGUCUCUCUGCACCAAUCAAAUAUGUCGGGUCGUUCAGACAGAGAAUGUCACCACACAAUAGCCCACUGCCUCUUCUCUAUGUCUCAAGAGCCAUGGGAAGCACUUAUGAGAUUUUACACACACUUUUACACACACUAUCCAUCCUCGCUGUCCCCGGAAUGACCGUGCUCCAAAAAAGGUGUCACACAAAUGGGGCAUUUCGGUCUGGUCUAACCACCAGUCAUUUUAUGCAUCACAUCAUUUUUUUUUGCUUGAAAAUAUAAAGGCCCUCUUUAUACCACAGCAGAAAUAACACCAGUCCAAAGGGAGGGUGUUUAAAGACAUUUUUGAGUGGCUUGUCUAGAAGAGUUUUUGCAAACUCUUUUGUUUUAAAAACAAAGAGAAAAAAAAAAACUUAAAAAAAAAAAAGUGUCAGGGAACUGCAAUAUGAGCCUCACUAUCAAGGCAUCUUUACCCUGGCAUUUUUGGGGUCCACACUUGGACACUGGAGGAUUUAGAGUAGGGGUAAAAGGGUUGACGCUUUUUGCCACUCUCUAAUGACUGUGUUUUUAAUGUAUGUGUGUGUGUGUGUGUCUGAGUCUGACCUUGUCAACAAUCGAGAUCACCAGUCAGUUUCUAACACCAGCCACCAGGUCAACUCGGUGCUGGUGCAUUUUUGUCCACUACUUCUCGAAUGGGUGUCACCCGUUGAGGAAAAAGUCUACCUGUAGAGAGCAGUCAAGAGACUGGAGCACAUUCCACUAUUGGAGGGGCGGACAGGCAAGUUAGGUUGAGAGCGUUAAUUUCUUUUGAUAGCAAUGUAGAUGUUAUAGAAGUAUCACGCAAAAAAAAACGAUAUAACUGCAAGGGAUGGGCAUUCAACUAAAUGUGCUUGAUUGAUUCAUUCAGAAAGUUAAGUCAAUUAUGAUUUUUUUUAUGUUUAUGUCAACUAACUCAAGUCCCAGUUCAACAUAUACAGUGGAACCUUGGUUAUCAUUAAUUUAUUCCAGAAGUGGGAAUUAUUUUUGCAUUCGUCAUCACAAAGAAAGCACAGACUUGGUUAGCAAAAAAAAAGUGCAGAACUCUCACCAUUUAGGGUUUGGUAUCGCAUGCGAUGCAAAGGUCCUUUUUGAAAUUGCAAUUUUAUUAUUACAUUUUUUUUUUACACUUUUUUUGGCCUUAACGUGCAUGAAAAGUCACCAAAGUUGAUUCAAUUUGAUAUUUCAGUUUAACUUCAGGGCGGCACGGUGGUCGAGUGGUUAGCGCGCAGACCUCACAGCUUGGAGACCAGGGUUCAAUUCCACCCUCGGCCAUCUCUGUGUGGAGUUCAUGCAUGUUCUCCCCGUGGGUUUUCUCCGGGUACUCCGGUUUCCUCCCACAUUCCAAAAACAUGCUAGGUUAAUUAGCAACUUCAAAUUAUCCAUAGGUAUGAAUGUGAGUGUGAAUGGUUGUUUGUCUAUAUGGGCCCUGUGAUUGGCUGGCCACCAGUCCAGGGUGUACCCCGCCUCUUGGCCGAGAAGACAGCUGGGAUAGGCUCCAGCACCCCCCGCGACCCUCGUGAGUAGGGUGGGUAGAAAAUGAAUGAAUGAAUGAGUUUAACUUCAUUACUUCACUCCAAAUGAUCAGAUCUCCUUUUGAAACUGUUCUGAGGGUUAAUUUCCACUCCAGUGGGCACCCUUACCUAAGGCUCACACUGAAUCCGUUGCGGCUCCGGGCCUGAUCCAGUCCGGCUUGCCGCAAAGUGCCACUCACACUGUUAAACGCAGCGGCACAGCGGUAAUGGUAAUGGUUUUAUUUAAUUUGAACAUGCAUCAGAUUACAAUUGAAUGCAUCACAUAAUCAGUUCACAGUUCCACAUGUCCAAAAGGAGUAGGAAGAAGCAAAGCUUAUUAAAUCCUACCCCUCCGUCUGGUACUUCUACAAUCAGUAACUGUUACAUUUGUUCACUUCCUGCUUUCAUAAUAUAUUUUAAUUUUUUUUUUUUUCAUAGUCAUGGUCAGAGAUAUUUUUGGUUGUGUUUACAACCACUUAUGUCGACGUGAGUCACCCGAUCUGACAUCUACACCUUCUCAGGUGAAAAACCUAUUUCAGUUUAGUCUUUUUUUUUUUUUUUUUUUUUAAGACAAAUUCAAAAAAAAAUUUCGUCUCGCUUUUCUAUAUUGUAGAAAAGCGACCCCACCUCUCACCCAAAGACAGCUGGUAUAGGCUCCAGCAUGCCCUUGACCCUCAUGAGGAUAAGUGGAAAUCCAGAAAAUGUCCAAAAUGCAUAAUUAAUAUUUUUUCAACUGGUUUUAAAAGUUUGAUCAAAAUAACUUUGCCUCGUGUAGUCGUACUGUGACGGACGUCUUGCAGGAACGCCGCUCAUGAAUUAUUAUGCCCAUCCCUUAUGUCUUUUUUAUUUCCUUUUAGACGACUCAAAUCUAUUUAUUCUGUGCGGAAAAAAAACACAAAUGAUCUCUCCUUUGCCUUGCCUUGAUCGCCGUCUAUUGUUUCGGAACAAAUGUACACCUUUAAUGUAAAUAGUUUACAGAAAGAUAUUUAUGUCUAUCAGAAGUAUUUAUUAGAGAUGCAAAAAUCUAGAGGAUAUAAAUAUAUAUUUCAUUAGUUCUACCCAGCUUUUGUUCUUUUUGUGAGGUUUAAUCAAGAGUUUUUUGUGCUGAUUGUUUGCACAGAAUAGUCAAAUCCAUAGAAUAUUUAGAAAUGUCUAUUGUGCCUCCAGUUUUGUGUGUGUGUGUGUGUGUGUGUCUUCACAAGUUGGGCGAGGAGCUCUUAGAAGAUGAAAUGUUACUCGGUGGUUCAUGGUUUUUCCACCGCCCCCCCUAAGACAAAAAAAAAAAAUUUAAGUCAAUUAAAAAUUCUGAAAUAGAGAAAGUGGUGGUUUAGAGUAUAGGAGCCUCAAAUAAAGAUUUCAUCUCCUUGUUUUGGUCAGGAAGACGCAUGCAGGGGGAGGAUUGCAGUUUUUUUGAAUGUAGAUGUCCUCCAUCCUGCAUCCAACGUCGUGUCCGCUCGGUGCCAAAGGAGCCCCCUUUGCCCCCAUUACUUGUUUCUAGCGGUUCAAGCAUGAAGAUGGUACACCAAAAUAAAUAAUGGAAAAAAAAAAGCAACAAAAUCCAAAAAAUAGAAAAUAGUCCUUUAGUGUGGAAUGCUUUUUUUUUUUUUGUAAUCCAGAAAGUAACCGUGUAGCAAUGUUUUAAAGGGGUUUUGGCUGGGUGUGUGUGUGUGUGCGUGUGUACAUCCUUGGCGAUUGAUAAGGUACAUCUCGAUAAAGUGAAGUAUAUCAUAGAAAGAAAACAUCAACAUAAUCUGGUUUUAUUUUAAGCAUAAUGCAGUGAAUCACAUUUGCAAUUCAGCAAAUUUGUGGAUUUUUGUUUU